GUGAAACCGGAACAAUGCAGCAACAAGUGGCGUCAAUGGGUCGCAAAAAAGGGGAGGUGAUGAGGUCAAGUCGCACAGCCACACAAGCAAACAGCAGAAGUAAACCACCAUCACAUCUGAGCGGGGAAUUUCGCGUUGAUAAGGCAUCCCGGUCGAGAUCGGCAAUCAGAUGAAUCAUGUGAACCACCAGAAAAGUUCUUCCCCGCAUCUUGAGGUAUAAAACCGAAGCAUUGGCCACCUUGAAACAUCAGUCAGCUCAAGCAAUCCAGUCCAGCAACAUGCAGAAGACAAGCAUCCUAAUCGUGGCACUAUUCGCCAUCGCAGAAGCACUUCCCACGACAGGACCCAUUCGCGUCCGUCGCCAGGUUCUCGGAGGUUCCUUAACCUCCAAUCCCGCUGGUGGGGCUGAUGCUCGAUUGGAUCUGACCAAGGGCAUUGGCAAUCCCAACCACAAUGUGGUGGGUCAGGUUUUCGCAGCCGGAAACACUCAAAGUGGUCCAGUGACAACUGGCGGAACUUUAGCCUACAACAAUAAUGGUCAUGGUGCUUCUUUGACCAAAACACACACGCCCGGUGUGAAGGAUGUCUUCCAGCAGGAGGCCCACGCCAAUCUAUUCAACAAUGGCAGACAUAAUCUGGAUGCUAAGGUCUUUGCUUCCCAAAAUAAACUGGCCAAUGGUUUCGAGUUCCAGCGCAAUGGGGCUGGUCUGGAUUACUCUCACAUCAACGGACAUGGUGCUUCCUUGACGCACAGCAACUUCCCGGGAAUUGGUCAGCAACUCGGCCUGGAGGGACGUGGUAACCUGUGGUCUUCGGCGGAUCGGGCAACCCGCUUGGAUCUGACUGGAUCCGCCAGCAAGUGGACAAGUGGACCGUUUGCUAACCAGAAGACUGACUUUGGCGCUGGCUUGGGUCUAUCCCAUCAUUUCGGCUAAGCCGUCGUAUUUGAUUAUAGUAAUUCUAAUUUAUUGACAAUUAUGUAAAAAUUUAAAUAUUAAAAUUAUAAAAAAUUAUAUUUUAUUAAAACAAAUCACGUCUUUCUGCGUUAUGUAUGAUAAGCAUAAUUAUUAUUAUCAAUCAAUUAAUUAGACACUGUUGAAGCAAUUAAACAACAAUGACAAUUA